AUGAAGAGUUGCAGCAUCGGUUUUGGGAUACCAUUUAUAAAUGAGCCAAACUUUGAAACUGUAUCAAUUUUAACGAUGGACGUGAGUUUUAUUGACGCGGACGUCAACCCUGAUAACAUUUUGUUGAAUUUCACAAUUCCAGGGUACCAAAAUGGGUUUUCGGUUCCUAUGGUGGUAAUUAAUGAGUUGCAAAAAUCCCAAAUGAAAUAUGCCAUAGUUUAUGGAUGUGGUGUUGGGGCAUCUUUGAUCUUGUUGUUUGUGGUUUGGAUCUUGUGUUCGAGAAAAACUCCACUUUUCAUCAUGAAUAAUAUCCCUUUGGUGUUGUAUGUGAUAAGCUCAAGUUUGAAUCUUGCUUAUAUUACUGGACCCUUGCUGUCGGUUUCAGUGUUUCUUACGGGAAUUCUCACCUCCCAUGAUGCGAUUAAUGUGGUAUAUGCUUCGAAUGCCUUGCAAAUGUUACUUAUUUUUCUGAUACAACUGACCAUGGCUUACCAUGUGUAUGUCAUGUUCAAGUCACCACAAAUCAAGUAUUUGCGGUAUAUGCUCGUUGGGUUUCUUGGAUGCUUGCAAAUCGUCACCACUUGCUUGUACAUCAACUAUAAUGUGCUCUAUUCUCGGAGAAUGCACAAGUUGUAUGAAACAGGUCAAACUUAUCAAGACGGUACGGUUAUGACUUUCGUACCAUUUAUUCUUUUCCAAUGCUCAGUCAACUUCUCCAGUAUUUUCUUGGUGCUCAAGUUGAUUAUGGCGAUCAGAACCCGUCGAUACCUUGGUUUGAGACAGUUUGGUGGGUUCCAUAUUCUCAUGAUAGUGAGUCUUCAAACCAUGCUUGUUCCCUCAAUUUUGGUUUUGGUGAACUAUGCUGCCCACAAGGCAGUUCCACUGAAUCUUUUGUCGUCUGUCAGUAUGAUGAUAAUUGUCUUGUCACUUCCAGCAUCAUCAAUGUGGGCAGCGGCUGCAAAUGCUUCUUCGGCACCAUCUUCAGCUGCUUCCAGUCUUUUCAGAUAUACCACUUCUGACAGUGAUAGGACUUUGGAGACGAAAAGUGAUCACUUUAUAAUGAAGCACGAGAGCCAUAACCUGUCUCCAAACUCACUGCCUUUGACUUUGGUGCAAAAAAGGAUAUCUGAUGCAACACUCGAACUUCCAAAAGAACUCGAGGACUUGAUUGAUAGUACCAGUAUUUGA